AUGGAUUCCUUCGUGAUGGUAUUGGACCCGAAACCCUCAUCGGAGCCACCUCCUUCGUUCCCGGCAAUCAAAUCCGACUAUCUCCAAGGAGGCUUCGGCGGCGGUGAAACCGACGAAGAUGACCUCUACAGCCGCCUUAAGUCCCUCCAGCGUCAGCUUGAGUUCAUCGACGUCCAGGAGGAGUACGUCAAGGACGAGCAGAAGAAUCUGAAGCGCGAAUAUUUGGUAAAACAACAUUAA